AUGCCGACCGCCGAGGAGUUUAAGACGAUCGGAAAUGAUUUCUACAGCAAUCACGACUUUGAAGCUGCCAUUAUGAAUUAUUCUCAAGCAAUCGUUAAAAACCCGAAAAACGUCAUAUACUACCAAAAUAGAGCGAUGGCCUACUCAAAGCUAGGCAAGUACGAAGAGAUGGAAAGAGAUUGCUCAAAGGCAUUGGAAAUACUGCCCAACUCGGUCAAAGCAUUGUACUACCUAGGUAUCGCCUUGACAGCUCUGCGACGGUUUAGACAGGGCGCCGAGGUACUGGAUAAAGCAUACGCCGAAUCGGUAAAGAUGUCGAGCGCUCUAUCGCCCAAAAUCUCCGAACAGAUUUUGCUUCUUAAGGAACAACGACACUCCCAUGAACUCGAGUCUGUUCGGCGCCAGUCUGACACACUGUUGACUUACAUGCUGGAGCUGUUGGAAAAGGAUAAACAGGAGCAGUUAAACGAGCUCAAAGCACAGGGACUAAGUGGACAGGCACUCAGAUCGGAACGUCAGUUUGUACAGGAGGAGUUCUUGGAUAAAGAGAAGCAGAUCAUCUCCACUUUCAAGGCCUCCCAAAAGGGAUCUCAAAACGGAAACUCAGCUAUGGAAGAGAUCCCCGAUUACUUGGCGGACCCUAUCUCAUUCAAUCUGUUUAUGGACCCUGUUGUGACACCCGCUGGACAGACUUACGAGCGAAGCUGGCUACUAGAGCAUUUGAAGGGCGGUGGUAAAGACCCACUGACACGAAAGAACCUCAGCCCUAAGGACCUUUAUCCCAACUUGGCUGUCAAAAAGGCAGCCGAGGACUUUAUGAAGCGAAACGGCAAAUACUAA